AUGAGUCUCAUUCUGAGAUGGAGCGCCGCUCGACAACAAGCAACGACGUAUAGAGCUUCCCAGCUCUGCGGACUCCAGGGACAAGUGCGCAAUGCAUCGCUUUCCGCCAUCCACCGCGGCAUUCGACGCUCUGACAGAACCGGCUCUCAGAGCGAUCGCGGGAGGAGACCAGAUGCCAAAAGCCGGGUGACAGACUCGCGCGGUCGAAGCCGAAACCAAGAUGCCCCCGAAAAGUCAGAUGCCUUCUCCGAUCGAUUCAAAGGCGCCAUCGGCGGUCGCGAACAUCACUUCAAGCCCAAGAAGGCGUUUCAGAAGAUGCAAGAACGGGAAGAGGAGGGAGGGAGGAAGUCACGGAGCAAGCGUUUCAACAAUCCUGAAUACUCGUUCGGAAAGAAGAGUUUGGUAUAUCAACUCAACCGCGGCGAGUUGAAGGACAAAGUGUCUAAGCUUCUGGGGGAGGAAGGGAAAGGCAGUCAGGGCUCGUCGUCCCCACGACCCGGCUCGGCUUGGAGAGAAAACUUUGGCACUCACGCCUCAGAUGCCGAUUCUUCCACGAACAGGGCGGCAGAAUUCCCAGUAGCGGUUCAAUACACGACUGCUGCAUCCCAGUUUCUGUUCGGUCGAUCUGUUGUGAAGGCGGCCCUGAAGAACUCAGGGCGCAAGCUGUACACUCUUUAUAUCUACCAGGGCAGCAACAAGAAAGAGACAAGGGACGACGAGUGGAUUGUGACUAUGGCGGCAAAGAAGAAUGUCAAGAUCAACCGCGUCUACGAAGCCGACCAGAGGCUGCUGGAUAAGAUGAGCAAGGGCCGGCCGCACAACGGCUUGGUCCUUGAGGCAUCGCCUCUGCCCCAGCUGCCGCUUGUAAGCCUCGGAGGGUUUUCGAACGAGGUGGGUGGCUACACUGUCUCGGUUGCCCGUCAGUCCAAGGAGGACGUCGCAAUCAACGGCACUGAAGGCUUCAUCCCUUGGAAGGCGGGCGAACUUCGUCCGUUAGUGCUUCUCCUGAACGAGAUCUUGGACCCGGGUAACCUUGGCGCUAUUCUUCGAACGGCUCGCUUCCUCGGUGCAUCGGCGGUCGCUAUCACUGAGCGAACAUCGUCCACAAUCACGUCGACAGUUCUGAAGGCAGCGGCUGGAGCUGCCGAGGAACUCAAAAUAUUCACAGUCGAGGAGCCAGGGUCAUUCCUGGACCUCUCUGAGAAGGCCGGGUGGACCUCGUUUGCUGCCGUUGCACCCUCGCCUGGAUCACGCCAAAACCGCCAAUGGACGCUGGAUACGAUCGAGGAAUUCAAGCCUCUUCAGAAUGACCCGUGCAUCCUGGUGCUCGGUAACGAGGGCACUGGUCUUCCCGAUUACCUCAGGAGAAAAUCGACUCAUGAAGUCACGAUUCCGCGAACGGAUUUCUCGUCGAGCUUGGUGGACAGUUUGAACGUGAGCGUCGCUGCCGGACUUCUCUGCAGCUCAUUCUUCCGGGGUGCGAAGCCAAAGGAUCCUCUGACCCUGACCGAGAGGUUGCAGAUCGACGCACGCAAGGCGGAUGGUGGAGAGGCUCUGUUCUGA